UUUUAUCUUGUGUUUAUUUUCGUUGGCGUAUGCCCUGGCCUGGAGCCAGUGUCCUGCGGGCUGCACGCUGCAAGGGGCUCGCUGCACAGGCCUCGCAUUUUCCGGAGCCCAGGGCUUCCGUCCGGGCAGGGUGUCCAGUGCUCCCGAGGGAAGCAGCCCCGUUCCUGCUCCCAGACUCGUCCCUGUCCCGUUUGGUCACAGCAGCUCCUCCAGGGCUUGGCGUCUCCUGGCUGCACUGGAAAGGGGAGCAGGACCGAGCCAGAAGGAUGGAGGCCUCGUGCCUGGAGCUGGCCCUGGAGGGCGAGCGUCUCUGCAAGGCGGGGGACUUCAAGGCGGGCGUGGCGUUCUUUGAGGCUGCGGUGCAGGUGGGCACCGAGGACCUGAAGACACUGAGUGCCAUCUACAGCCAGCUGGGCAAUGCCUACUUCUACCUGAAGGAGUUUGUGCGGGCGCUGGAGUACCACAGGCAUGACCUGCUGCUGGCCCGGACCAUCGGUGACCGCAUGGGGGAGGCCAAAGCCAGCGGGAACCUGGGCAACACACUCAAAGUCCUGGGACGCUUCGAUGAGGCCACCGUCUGCUGCCAGCGGCACCUGGACAUCGCCAGAGAGCAGGGGGACAAGGUCGGGGAGGCGAGAGCGCUCUACAACAUUGGCAACGUGUACCAUGCCAAGGGCAAGCAGCUGUCCUGGAACAGCGCACAGGACCCUGGGCAUCUGCCGCCUGAUGUCCGUGAGACGCUCCGCAGGGCCUCCGAGUUCUACGAGAAGAAUCUGGCCCUGGUGAAGGAGCUGGGUGACCGGGCAGCGCAGGGCAGGGCCUAUGGCAACCUGGGCAACACGCACUACCUGCUUGGGAGCUUCGUGGAGGCCACGACCUUCCACAAGGAGCGCCUGGCCAUCGCUAAGGAAUUUGGAGACAAGGCGGCAGAGAGGAGAGCCCACAGCAACCUGGGGAAUGCCCACAUCUUCCUGGGGCGCUUCGACGUGGCUGCCGAGUACUACAAGAAGACGCUGCAGCUGUCUCGGCAGCUCAAGGACCAGGCGGGGGAGGCGCAGGCCUGCUAUAGCCUGGGCAACACGUACACGCUGCUGCAGGACUACGAGCGGGCGGCCGAGUACCACCUGCGGCACCUGCUCAUUGCCCAGGAGCUGGCCGACAGAGUGGGUGAGGGCCGGGCGUGCUGGAGUCUGGGGAAUGCCUACGUGUCCAUGGGCAGCCCGGCACAGGCCCUGACCUUCGCCAGGAAGCACCUGGAGAUCUCCCAGGAGAUCGGGGACCGAAACGGGGAGCUCACCGCCCGCAUGAAUGUAGCGCAGCUGCAGCUGGCGCUGGGCCGGCUGACCAGCCCGGCAGCCGCAGAGAAGCCAGACCUGGCCGGCUAUGAGGCCCAGGGCGCCAGGCCCAAGAGGACCCAGAGGCUGAGUGCGGAAGCCUGGGACCUGCUGAGGCUCCCCUUGGAACGGGCACCUGAGCGCCUGCCUGAACAUCUCCAUGAGAUGGGGCCACCGCACCCACCCAGCCGCCCCUUAGGGCCCUGGGCUGGAGGCAUGGGUUCAGAAUUGCCGGAGGCCCACGCCCGGCCUUCCUCCCCUCCCCAGGAGCAGAAUGGAGACAGCCAUCACGCAGGGGACUGGCGAGGGCCGGCCAGGGACUUGCUCCCCCUCCCCGUGAGGAGCAGGAAGUACCAGGAAGGGCCGGACGCCGCUGAGAGGGGGCCCCGGGAGGGUGGCCUCUCCCCACUGGACAGCGCAGACGUCCGUGUGCAGGUGCCUCGCACUGGCACCCCGCGGGCCCCGUCCCCAGACGAGGAGUGCUUCUUUAACCUGCUCAGCAAGUUCCAGAGCAGCCGCAUGGACGACCAGCGCUGUCCCCUGGAGGAGGGCCAGCUGGGGGCUGCCGAGGCCACAGCCGCCCCCACCCUGGAGGAGAGGAUGGCCCAGCCCUCGCUGACGGCCUCCCCACAGACUGAGGAGUUCUUCGACCUCAUUGCCAGCUCCCAGAGCCGCCGGCUGGACGACCAGCGGGCCAGUGUGGGCUGCCUGCCUGGUCUGCGUAUCACUCAUAACAACUUGGGGCACCUGCGUGGCGAUGGGGACCCCCAGGAGCCGGGGGACGAGUUCUUUAACAUGCUCAUGAAAUGCCAGGCCUCCAGGAUUGAUGACCAGCGCUGCCCGCCCCCUGACGUGCUGCCUCGAGGCCCCACCAUGCCGGACGAGGACUUCUUCAGCCUCAUCCAGAGGGUGCAGGCCAAGCGGAUGGACGAGCAAAGGGUAGACCUCGCCGGGAGCCCAGAGCAGGAGGUGGGCAGGCCACCUGAGCCCCCGCAGCAGUGCCAACCUGGCACCAGCUAAGGCCUUGCACCCCACGCAGGCCCACCCACUCCCACUCCUGGAUGUGGGGAGGUGGAGGAGGGGAGCUCACAGUCUGUGAUGCCCACAGUUCCCGAGAAGCCCAGUCCCCCCGAGGCCAUGGCUGAAGGCAGGCUCUGAGCACCCUUCCCCCUGAGGCAGACACUCGGCACACAGCCCAUGGCAUCCCCCUCCCCAGGGUGGCAGGCCCCGGCCAGGGCUGUCCAUGUUGGGGAGGGCGUCCUUCUGUCCUGGGCCAGGCCCCACGUGGUACUCGGCUUCCGGCAGGCCUGCCCGACCCUCACCCUCGCCCCAGGCUGGGCCUUCAGCAUGUUGGCCCCAAACCCCUGUGCUGCCCGGACCCUUCAUGGCCUCCCACUGCCCCCUGCCCGGCCGAAUGUGAAAACCCUGCUGCCUCUUCUAAAGCCGCGACAGUGUCCGUGGAGCCUCUUUCCUGAGGCCUCCAGCUGCGUGGCCGUUCCUGCUCCCCCAGAGCUGGUCCAGGGAUGGCAGCACAGACGCCUGCCCCAGCCGGCCUCUUGCCCCAGGGAGGCCCCCAGCCGCGCUCCCUGCCCUCUUACCCAGGCUUGUGAGGAGGAGGAGGGAGGCCGUCACGGGGAAGCCUGGAGCCUGAGGCAGCCAGGCAGGCCCACAGGCCCACAUGCCACACGCAGAGGCCCCAGUAAGGGUCUGCAGCCUCUGAGGCAGGGGGCAGGGAUGGGGCAGGAGCUGCAGCACUCCUCAACUCCAAGGCCCAAAUCAGAGCAGGCCUGGUUCCUGGAAUACCCGGCUGGUGGCGAGGCUGGCACCCUGCCCACACUGGGUGCGCGACGGGCCGAGAGCUCCAGUGCUGUGUCCGUGGGGGAGUUGGUGGGUCAGCAGAAGCUGAAAGGGGCUUAGCUCAACUCGACCGCAGGCCCACAGAAGCGCACCCAGCCCUCGCCCCCGCCCCCCCGCUAGGGGAGAUGACAUCCUGCCUUCUCCCAUGGGGUGGGUCCAACCCCUGCACCCCCCGCGUCUGCUCUCAGGCUGGGCAGGAGAUGGCACUCUGGGGCCAUCUCCCCGCUGCCCGCUCUUGCCCAGACCCCUGCCUUGGCCCACCUCUUGCAGGGCCUGCUGCCAGCCCUCUGGGUUCCGCGGCUGAGCCACAGCCCCAUGGCCUCCAGCGUGCAAGGCGGCAUCUCCUCAGUGGCGCCUCCGGCUGGUCCCACAGCCCAGGUUUAGUGUGAUGACGCUUGAAGGGUGGGGCUGGCCAGGUGUGCGGUCAGAUGCCAGGGCACAGGAAUUCUGUGCAGCCGCCGCGCAUACUUGAAUGUACACGCGUAUUUAUUGCUCACACGUGUUUGCCAUGUUGUUGUCAAUGGGUCCUUUCCAACCCGAGAGGUACAUUUGUUUUUGUUUUUCCUGAAAAAAUAAAGGCUGCCAAGUGAA